AUGGAAAAAGUGGCACCGCCACCACCAAUCACUAUAUCAGAAAACAAGAAAAAGAAACCUAAAGCUGAUGCAGUGUCUAUGCUUCGAUUGUUUCGUUUUGCAACAGUACAAGAGCGUUUAAUGGUCGUCACAGCCAUCAUUUUAUCCAUUGUUUCUGGUGCACUUCAACCUUGUUCAAUUCUGAUUUAUGGUACAUAUAUCUCCAAGCUCACAAAAACAUUGAAUGAUCCCAGCAGUCUAUUGGAAAUGACAUUGCCUGUGAUCCAUAUCAUGGCUUAUUUGGGUACUGCUUCGCUUCUUGCUGGUUACUUCUCCAAUUGUUUAUGGGUCUUGACAGGUGAAAGUCAGACCAGACGUAUUCGUUCUCUUUAUCUUCAUUCUGUACUCAAACAAGAUAUGAGUUGGUUUGAUAAAGCAGCAGAUGGAUCGCUCAACACUCGAUUAGCCUCAGAUACACAAAUCAUUCAAGAUGGUAUUUCUGAAAAGUUUGGUCAAUUCGUUACUCUUUUAGCACAGUUUAUAGCAGGUUUGGUUGUCGCUUUUGUUCGAGGUUGGAAAAUGGCAUGUGUCAUGCUUGCUAUCAUUCCUCUUUUGAUGGGUGCCGGUAGAACAAUGGCUCGAUUUGCAACAAAAUAUACCAUUGCUGCCCAACAUUCUUAUGCAAAGGGUGGCUCAGUUGCAGAACAAGCAUUUCAAUCCAUCCGUACAGUGUAUGCCUUUAGUUUACAAAGCCGAUUUUUAGAACGCUAUGAAGCUAAAAUAGAAGAAGCCUGUCAAUUUGGUAUCAAGCGCGGUGUGUCCAUGGGCAUAGGUUUUGCCGUUUUUAUGUUUACCUUGUUUUGUUCUUUUGGUCUAUCACUUUGGUAUGGUUCAGGUCUUGUUAUUCAAGGCGAAUUGGACGGCUCUUCAGUUUUUGUUGUUUUUAUUGCCAUGAUGAUGGGUACCAUGUCAUUUGUAAAGCUCCCCCCUAAUUUGGCCGCCGUAUCUAGUGCCAGAGGCGCAGCAUUUAAAGUGUUUGAAAUCAUUGACCGUGUGCCUGAAAUCGAUCCUGAUUCAAAAGAAGGCCUCAUCCUUGAUGACUUUAAGGGAUCCAUUGAGUUCAAAAAUGUGGAUUUCAAGUAUCCAACUCGACCUGAUUUGAUGAUUUUAAAAGACUUAAACCUAAAAGUUAUUCCUGGAAAAACUGUUGCUUUUGUAGGCCCUUCAGGCUCAGGCAAAUCAACAACAGUUCAACUCGUACAGCGCUUCUAUGACGCACUUUCUGGUCAAGUCAUAUUGGAUGGUCAUGAUAUCAAAGACAUCAAUGUCAGAUGGUUACGUAGCAAGAUUGGUGUAGUCUCUCAAGAACCUGUUCUCUUCAACAUGACCGUGCGACAAAACUUGUUGAUGGGAACGCUAGAAAAAGACGUGUCUGAAAAAACCAUCAUUGCUGCUUGUAAAGAAGCCAAUUGUCACACAUUUAUCUCGCAACUACCUAAUGGCUAUGAUACUAUUGUUGGUGAAAUGGGCGGUAUGUUGUCAGGCGGUCAGAAACAACGUAUUGCUAUUGCCCGUGCUAUUCUCAAGAAUCCUACCAUUUUAUUAUUAGACGAAGCUACAUCUGCUCUUGAUACACAAUCCGAACGUCUUGUUCAAAAUGCGCUUGAUAGAGCUUCUGCUACUCGUACUACAAUUGUUGUUGCUCAUCGUUUAUCUACUAUUAUGAAAGCAGACCUGAUUGUUGUCUUGGAUCGGGGCGUUAUCAUUGAACAAGGCACACAUCAACAUCUUGUGGAAUUAAAUGGAACCUAUGCUGAUUUAGUCAGAAAGCAAGCCAUUGAUGUCAAUGAGAAUGGUGUUUCUGAUGAUGUCAAGAACAACGAAUAUGAUGCUGAUGAAUUACUACGACAAGAAGAAAUGCAAGUCAAGCAGAAGAUUGCUGACCAAACUCUCACCAAGACAAUGACGGGCCACACUACACAUAGUGCUGUCAUUAGCAUUGGCAGUCAAAAAAUGGCCGAAAAUGAUACUUCUAUGGUUGAUGCCUAUGACAUGAAGAUUGCAGAACAAAAGAAGGUUAAGAAAAUGAUGAACCAACAAAAAGCACCUUUCAAGAAAGUAUUGAACCAUAUGCAUCCUGAAUGGAAAUACCUUGCUGUCGGUAUUUUUGGUUCUGCCAUUGCUGGUUGCAUAUUCCCUCUUUACGCUUAUUCUUUCUCCCAUGUUGUUUCUAUUCUCAAUAUACCUGGUCAAGAAAUUCGACCUGGUCCUCUUAGCGGCACUAACUUGUAUGCUUUCAUCUUUGUUAUGCUUGGUAUUGCUUCAUUCAUUGGCAAUGGUAUUCAGUUUUCUGCCUACGAAAUCUGUGGUGAAAAAUACUCUAAAAGACUGCGAUCCGAAGUGUUUGCUGCUUAUAUGAAACAAGAAAUUGGCUUCUUUGAUUUAGAAGAAAACAACACUGGCGCACUUACUACUAGAUUGGCUGUCGAUGCUCGUAAUGUUUGUGAAAUGAUCACCAAGGUCUGGGGUGAUCUUACAAGUUUAUGCGCUACCAUAAUCUCUUCCUUUUGCAUUGCUUUUAGCCACUCUUGGGCAUUAACCUUAAUUGUUUUGUGCAUGGCCCCUUUUCUUAGUGCUGCUACUGCAUACGAGUUCCGUGUUCAACGCGGUUUUGAAGAUGAGACCAAAAGGGCAAAUGCACAAAGUGGUCAAGUAGCAGGAGAAGCCAUUCGAGAAGUAAGAACAGUUGCCGCUCUUAACCAACAAGCUCAUUUUGAAGAACGUUAUUUUCAUGCUACAGAUCGCCCGCAUCGACUUGCUAUCAAGAAAGCAUAUUUGUCUUCAAUUGCUGCUGGAUUUAGUAAGGGUAUUAAUAUUUACACAAGCGCCUUGGCCUUUUAUGCCGGUGCUCGCUUGAUUCAAAAUGGUUCGAUUGAUUUCCAACAAAUGUUUACCAGUAUGACUGUUAUCAUGACAGCUUCUGAAGCAGCUGGUCGCAGUACUACCUUUGCUUCUUCUUUCUCUAAAGCCAAGUAUGCUGCCAUUGCUUCUUUUGGGGUUAUUGAGCGUGAAUCAAAGAUUGAUCCUGAUCUUGAAGGAUUUGAACCUGAAGCUGUAAAUGGCGACAUUGCUUUCAAAAACAUCACAUUCAAUUAUCCUGCUCGUCCUGAUAUCCCUAUCUUCAAUGGCGAUUUCCAUCUAGAGGGCCGCGCAGGUCAGACUAUUGCUCUUGUAGGCCCUUCUGGCUGCGGCAAGUCUACUACCAUCGGUAUGAUGCAGCGUUGGUACGAUCCUGUCAAGGGCACAGUGUCUUUGGAUGACCAUAACGUCAAGUCUUACUCUGUCUACAACCUACGCCAACACCAAGCCCUGGUCUCGCAAGAGCCUAUCCUGUUUGACAUGUCGAUAGGCGAGAACAUCCGCUUCGGUAUUGACGAACACAAGCAAGUGACUCAGGAGCAAGUAGAAGAAGCAUGCAGAGCUGCCAACAUCCAUAGCUUUAUUGCUAGUCUUCCUGACGGUUACGAUACCCGUGUCGGCGACAAAGGCUCUCAGCUCUCGGGAGGCCAAAAGCAGCGUAUUGCAAUUGCGCGUGCUCUGAUUCGCAAGCCUAAGGUGCUGUUGCUUGACGAAGCGACUUCUGCACUGGAUAGUGAGAGCGAGCGACUUGUGCAAGAAGCGCUGGACAACAUUUUGCAAGAAGGAGGCAGGACAACAAUCACGAUUGCCCACCGGUUGUCUACAAUCAAGAAUGCAGAUCUUAUCUGCGUGGUCAAGGAUGGCCAAGUGAUUGAACAAGGUACCCAUUUUGAAUUGUUAAAGCUAAAUGGGUUCUAUAGCGAAAUGGUCAAUCAACAAUCUUUAUCUGUUCUCUAA